CUGCAGCCAUCCUCCAGGCGUGGCGAGUCGUGACGCUUCGUGCUGGGACCAAUAAUCCCGUCCUCGCAGAUCAAUCCGCCUGCCCGUACCUUGCCUAUCGGAGCCUUGCAUUGCGUGCUUAGAUUGAUUAUCUUGACUGUUCUAAUCAGCGUCCGUUGGCUUGCAGCAACCAAUCCUGCACGGCCGGACCGCAAGCUCCAGGCCUAACCUCUCUUACAAAUUUCGUCAUUUGCCCUGACAAAUAUAAGCUCCCUCGUCCCUCUUUUUCCUAGCUACGUCUACCAUUAUAUAUGAAGCCUCCCGGCCGGCCCAACCUUUUUCACACCACGUUUACCAAGGCCGUACACUCACACGCUUCCAGACUGGCUGCGCAACGACUCUCGGCCGUCUCACGACAGUUUUCUUUGUCGGCACAGGCCAUGGCGCCAAUACAGAAGGAGUGUGAUUUCUUGGUAAUCGGGGGCGGCAGUGGUGGCCUUGCAUCUGCAAGGCGGGCAAGUGGCAUGUAUGGAGUCAAGACGAUUGCGAUCGAGAGCAAGCGAUUGGGUGGUACUUGCGUCAACGUCGGGUGUGUCCCAAAGAAGAUCACCUGGAACGCGGCAUCGAUUGCUGAGACGAUACGUCACCACGCAAAGCCCUACGGCUUCACGGUAGAGGAACCUGCGCCAUUCGACUGGUCUACCUUCAAGAAGAAACGAGACGCGUACGUCAAGCGCCUGAACGCCAUAUAUGAGAAAAAUCUCGGCAAUGACAAAGUAGAGUACAUUCACGGCUGGGCCAGCUUUACGGGUAAGAACGAAGUCGAGGUCAAGCUGGAUGACGGCACCACGCAGUCCAUCAAGGCGAAGAAGAUCCUAAUUGCCGUUGGCGGCCAGCCGACCAGGCCAGACACAAACAAAAUUCCCGGCGCGGACUUGGGAACCGACAGCGAUGGCUUCUUCGAGAUUGAGAACCAACCGAAGAAAGUUGCCAUUGUGGGUGCCGGAUACAUAGCUGUGGAGUUUGCGGGCAUGUUCAACGCCUUGGGGACUGAGACCCAUUUGUUCUUCCGCCACGACAAAUUUCUGCGCACCUUUGAUCCAAUGAUCCAGGACAAGGUUGUUGCAGAGUAUGAGAGGCAGGGUGUGCAUCUGCACAAGAACUCGAAGCCGACGAAGAUUGAGGAGGUGGGCGAUGGUCAGAAGCGCAUUUACUACUCGGACAGCAAUGGAGAGGGCACGGUCGAUGUGGACCACAUCAUUUGGGCUAUUGGGCGCACGCCACUGACGCAGGGUCUUGGGCUAGAGAAGCUCGGUGGCAUUGAUUUGAAUGAGAAGGGCCAUAUUAAGGUAGACAAGUUCCAGAACACCAGUGUAGAGAACAUCUACGCCCUGGGAGAUGUGUGCGACCGGGGUUUCGAACUCACGCCUGUCGCUAUUGCCGCCGGUCGUCGUCUCGCCGAUCGUCUCUUCGGUGGCAAGCCGGAGGCGCAUCUCGAGUACGAGAACAUCCCGUCAGUUGUAUUCUCACAUCCUGAAGUUGGCUCCAUCGGCUUAACGGAACCGGAGGCACGAAAAAAGUAUGGCGACAGCGUGAAGGUGUACCAGGCGAGCUUCACAGCAAUGUAUUACGCCAUGAUGGACAUGGACCAGAAGGCCCCAACGGCUUACAAAAUCGUGUGCGAAGGACCAAAGGAAAGGGUUGUAGGCUUGCACAUAAUGGGCCUUGGAAGCGCCGAGAUCCUUCAGGGUUUUGGGGUUGCAAUCAAAAUGGGAGCAACGAAGGCUGAUUUCGAUCGUUGUGUUGCUAUUCAUCCAACAAGCGCCGAGGAGUUGGUCACGAUGAAAUAGAGAUGCUGAUUAGACCAGAUAAGUGCAUGAGAGCAUAGAUGGUUUUUUCAAGCCACCUACCGCGUGCUGUAUUACAAUCUAAAGUGACUGAUCACAACGUACACAGAUAUGCGUCUGGUCGAAUCUGUGCAAAGCGACUUGCACUUUUGCAAACUCGUGCAGUACCACAUGUCUCCUAGUCGAUACGAAAUGGGCGAGACUUGCAUCCGAUGGUCCUUAUCGCUGCACAUAAUACAUACAAGUGCAUAUUCCCCAGAAAUUCUGCCCUGUCGGUGAUUUCUUUGCGUCUUUGCACGACACCAGCUUACCGAAUGUUCGUCAUCUUAGCUAGUCAUUGGAUGACAGGAUCGUCUCAGCUCCAAGUGAGGCAUGUCCCAUCGCUUUCACUGAGGUCCGGCAAGCUACCUUCUCCCAUUCAUGGCCAGCCAACGUUGCAAAGAUUGUUGGUAACUAAUAUAUGAGCCUGGAAAAGCAUGAGUCGUUUAUAACUUGUUGACAUCCGGAGGGGUUCAGUCCAUCGAAUGUACGCAGGAUAUGUAGAGAUAUGGUAUGUGAUCUUCU